AUGCCGUCGGGGUCGCUAUCUGCUCCAACCGCCACAACUCCGAGCAAACGCGGUCGGACUGCCAGCUCAUCGUCUGUCGCGUCCUCGCAGCACGAUGCACGCGCACCGUCAACGCCGGCCACCCCAAGGCUACCCUCCGCAGCUGCGUCGCAGUCGGGCCGCGAAUCCCGUGAAUCCUGGGGUAACCCACCUCGCGUCGCAAGCGGCAGCCGCAGCACGAGCGCGGGUGCCUCGGUAGCGGUGACAUCUGACCGUGCAAGCGAGCGCGCGCGCAGCACCGAAAAUGACGAAGACGCGAGGAAACGGUGGGAAGCCCGUCGUCAGGCAUAUUCUCAUCUCGCUCUCAUGAUUUGUCAGCAACCGCAACGCGCGCGGCUGUGUUCGUUCAAGGAGGAGAAUGAAACCAUCGACCGGCGCCCCGUCGAUCCGCCCCCCGUCCUCGAGGUCAUCUCUGACGACGGUCAAUAUCCUGAUCUCCUGGACUCGACGCAGUUCUUCAUUCGCGCGUCGCUCGUGUCAAAGGACCCCGUGUCGUUCGAAGACGGCAAGCCGUUCUACCAGCCGCAAGUGACCCAAAGCGGUGCCGAGGCCACAGCUGGCGAUGUCAUACAGACGCCCGAGCGGCUUCGCCACAUGGAUGGCACGCCUGGUGCACUGUGCAUCUUUGCCAAGCUCUCUGUGCGGCUCCCGGGGCCGUUCCGACUCAAGUUUACGUUAUACGAGACAUCGCCUGACGGGUUGAGCGAGAUCUGUGACACCGUGUCCGAGGGUUUCGAGGUCUACUCGCCCAAGCAAUUCAAAGGCAUGCACGAAAGCACGCCGCUUACACGUCAUCUCGCUACCCAAGGCCUCAAAGUCAAGAUCCGGCAGGGCAACGAUUCGCAGGGCAAAGGUGGCAACAAACGCCGCGCGUCGAGCAACAGCCAAUUUUCUCGCCAGCAGCAGCGUUCGCCAGGCUCCGACGUGCUCUCUCCUGCGCCACCCUCAGCGGUCAUUCAAACACCCCAUGUGCGAUAUUCACAGGGCGCUGCCAGGCCCAGGGGCGGUCCUGGAUCAGCACCGCCAUAUCCUUCGCAACGCGGACUCGUAUGGCAUGGGCAGUUUCCCUCAUACCCCGGAUACCACGAUUACGAGAUGGGCGCGCCAAGGCGUUCGCCGAUGGACGAUGACCGACCUCGAAAAGUGCGGCGCAGCAUGGGACACGAGGACGUGUACGCUGCCCACGACAUCUCUUCGCGCCUGGACAUGACCCUGCUUUCGCCGUCUAGCGACCUGUCUGCGUUCUCGCUGGGCAGCCGACGACCGGCUAGUGCAUCGUCAGCGCCGCCGUCGUCCCGUCACGACUGGGUCCGGAGAGAGUAUCCGCCUGGAGAUGAUGGGCUUCCGCACCUUGUUCUAUCGCCGCCGCUUGCCCAGUACUCCUCCAGCUCACGCGCUACCCCACCACCACACCCUCACGCAACUCGCGAGUUUGCGUACCCACGACUGCCACGCUUGGACUCUGCAUCGAGCCACCCGCAAUACCCGCCUGCUCACCACCGUCAUCAUGACAUUGCGCCUCCUCACGAAAUGCAGCAUCACGUCACUUCACAUUAUUCGCACCCGCAAUCGCAUCCGCAUUCGCAUCGCCACCCGAAUCACUAUCAGCACCGCGCAUCAUCGUCGCCGUCGUCGUACUCGCGCCACCCGCGCGCACUGGCAUACCGCCCUGGGUACCACACGGGUCCCCCUGCUCCGGCAUCCCUCUCACAGUAUCCCCCUGGUAGCCCACCUCCGGUGUUGCCUCCCAUCCGGCACUCGCGUUCACGCUCCCCGUCUCUGCAGCGGCACUACGACAGGGAGCCACGUGCCUAG